UAUUAAUAUAUGUAUGGUGCACUUUGUCUUCCCUUCCUUUCCCCUCAUUGCUGGUUUAAAAUACAGAGUGUUAGUAAGUGUCUCCUUUAUAAGCCACCUAACUCCACCCUUAUUGUCACACGCGCUGGUGGCAUUAGAAUCCCCCAUCAAAGGGAAACAACUUCAGCAGCCAGUCCUGCGGAGGAAGGGAAGCGCAUUCAGUGCAGUCCAUUCUACGGAGCUGGGCGCUAUGGGGACACCUGUCGCACAGCCGAGCCCCUUGGCUUUCUCCCAGAUCAGAGGCCGGGACCCGCACACAGACGCCGCGUCCGUCUCCCCGAGCGAACCCUGCCUCUCCCCUGGAGACGGUUUCAGACACUGUAUCCCGCGCGGGAGCGCCCCCUGGAUGGCGAGCCCUUGCCAACCCCCUGCCCCGCGAGCUCGCCGGACCAAUGGGCGCUCUCUCUAAUAUUCAUGAGCUGCCGCGGGCCAAUGAGCGGCCAGGCGCGGCUGGAGGGCCCGAGAAGGCUGGGCAUGGAGAAGUCCAAGAGGAACCUGCUCACGUUGACGCGAAGGCACCUCUGCCCAGCCCUGCGCUCCCGCGGCUGCCCCCAGGCUUCUCUCUCCGGCCUCGGAGCAAAGAAAGAGGCAGAAUAAGGGGAAGCUGCCGCCGGGGCUUGUCACCUGCUGGCCCGGGCUGUGCGGGGCAGGGCCGGCGGGUUGCCUCCAUGGGGAGGGCUGGCUGUGACUUGCCUCGCCUGUGCGUGCGGUGGGCAGCGCUGCUGCUAGCGCUCUGGCCCUGCUGCGCCCACGGGAACUGGAUGUGGCUGGGCAUCGCCUCCUUCGGGGUCCCGGAGAAGCUGGGCUGCGCCGGGCUGCCGCUGAGCGGCCGCCAGAAGGAGCUGUGCAAGAGGAAGCCCCACCUGCUGCCCAGCAUCCGCGAGGGCGCGCGGCUGGGCAUCCAGGAGUGCCGGAGCCAGUUCAGGCACGAGCGCUGGGACUGCCCCCUCCUGCCCCCCGACUCCGCCGCCUUCUCUGUCUUCGGCGCCGAGCUGAGCAGCGGCACCAAGGAAACAGCCUUUAUAUAUGCAGUGACGGCGGCAGGCCUUGUACAUUCAGUGACUCGAUCAUGCAGUGCAGGAAAUAUGACUGAGUGCUCCUGUGAUACAAAUCUGCAAAAUGGUGGCUCAGCCACUGAAGGCUGGCACUGGGGUGGCUGCUCUGAUGACAUCCAUUAUGGAAUGUGGUUUAGCAGAAAGUUCUUAGAUGGGCCUAUUAAGAACAUAACUGGAAAAGACGGGAACGGACUGAUCUCAAUGAACCUGCACAAUAACGAGGCUGGAAGGCAGGCUGUAGCAAAGCUGUUGUCAGUGGAUUGCCGUUGUCACGGAGUUUCUGGGUCCUGUGCCGUGAAAACUUGUUGGAAAACUAUGUCUUCAUUUGAAAAGAUUGGCGAGUAUUUAAAGGAUAAAUAUGAGAACAGUAUACAGGUAUCAGACAGACUGAAGAAAAAGCUACGCAGGAAAGAAAAAACCCAGCGGAAAAUACCAAUCCGCAAGGAAGAUCUUCUCUACAUAAACAAGUCACCCAACUACUGUGUAGAGGAUCGCAAACUUGGGAUUCCUGGAACACAGGGAAGGGAAUGCAACCGCACUUCAGAGGGACCAGAUGGUUGCAACCUCCUCUGCUGUGGCCGUGGUUACAACACUCACGUGGUCAGACACGUGGAGAGGUGCGAAUGCAAGUUUGUCUGGUGCUGUUAUGUGCGCUGCAGAAGAUGUGAGAGCAUGACUGAUGUUCAUACCUGCAAAUGAGAUACUCUGCCUCCGAAAAUGAAGCAACUCCUUCCUGCUGAACAGGACUCAUUCCUCCUGUGGUGGAAUAACAAGAGGAUCAGUCUCAGUAACAGAGCUCACUGAAUGUAUUGUAUUCCAAACAGUUUGGUUUCUUACUGAAAGAGCAACUCAAGACAAAUAGUAGCCUGCACAAAAUGAUAAAGUAACAGCAAAAAAGGCCAUGCCUUCUGAGAAGUCCAGGUGAAUAAGUGACUCCACAGCUAGUUAGGGGUAUUAAACUUUGCAUCAGCAACAGCCAUAACAUGAUGAUCAAGAAUUGCCUUAAUGUUGUCAAUAAAUAUAAUGGAAACAA